GGCACCUAUAGAACUGAUGUGAUCAGUGCAAAAUGCAAAGGUACUUGGCAUUAACCUGAAAGAUUCCGUUUGCAAUAUUGCUUGUAAACAGAGGUCUCAAUAUGUUAGGUUUAUGACAAAUAUUUACAUACUGCUUUUCAACAAAAGUUACCAAAGCAGUUUACAUAGAUAUACAUACAGGAAGUAAAUAAAUAAGAUGACUCCCUGUCCAGUGUUCGCUCUAAGAUGCGCUCACACAUCUUUUAACUGUCUGCUCAGUUAGUUUUAGAUUCGACUGCGGUUGAAUCGGGAAGGCCCCACCCUGAAGGCCCCAGUGUGUGCGCACACUGCCUUGAGAUUGCUGCCCAGAACAGAUCUAAUUCCGCACACAGAUGAAAAAAAUUAGAGAGAAUACUGCCCCUGUCCCCAAAGGGCUCACAAUCUAAAAAAGAAACAAGAUAGACACCAGCAACAGCCCCUGGAGGGAUGCUGUGCUGAGGAUGGUUAGGGCCAGUUGCUCUCCCGCUGCUCAAUAAAGAGAAUCGCCACUUUUAAAAGGUGCCUCUUUGCUCAGCAGAGGGCAAAGCUGACUUUGCUCGGUCAGCUAGUUUGUUCCCUAGCUAGUCCUUAUUUGUGGUUGCCACUAACCUCUUCUUUCCCUCCAGCUACUUUGGGAGAGAGACAAGGUCUUCUCUCAUUUGUGCUGAGAUACGGAGGUGAAACAGCAGGAGCCUCUUCCACUGCUCAGAAGGGACUCUCUCUCUCCCCCACCCCCAGCCUUUUCAAGAAUAGUGAUGGAAAUGGCAUCUCUGGGGGUGGAUCUGUGUGUUGCCGGAUGUCAGGCUCACCAGAGAGCAGGGGACACUCAUCCCUUGUAAGCAGGUUUGUGGAUACCUGCUUGUCAAUCUUUGUGAGGGGAUGAGGAGAUAUUUACUGACUCCUUUGCUGCCAAAAGGAUCAGGUGGACUUGAUGUCAUCUCUAGGCCCUGCGGCUGUUUAAGAUGGGGCUAAAAGUGACUUUUCUGUCACUGCUUCUGAGGGGUGUGGUUUUGGCACUCUUGGGAACCCAACCAAUUUCCUUGCUAUUGCUCUCCUAUGCCCUGUUGGAAUGAUUAACCCUCACGCAGGAGUAUGUACUGAACACAGGCUGAUAUCCUUGCGAUAAAGAUGGAACGUAUCAAUAUAGGACUGUGGGCCUGGCAAUUUGCAGUCGGAAAUGGGACUGUGAGAAGUGGCUUAAAAUAUUACACAUGCAGACAAUAUUUGCUUAAUUAAGGGCUUGUGUUUAACAUAUUUUUAAAGUAAACGGCACAUUCGGUUUUGUAGCAGAGUGCGUGCUCUGGCAGUAUUGGGACUGAACAGACACUCCCCCCCCCCACACACACCCCCAACAUGCUAAGACUUUGUCUAGAGAAGUGGGAAGCAAGCAAACUUCAUUUUUUGUAUGUUCUUAAUAGUGAGUUUUUGGGGUCUGGUGUAAAUGCCCUUUUAAUUGGUCAGAAAGCACACCUGCCUGUUAAACCUGUUUUUAAAGUGCUUAACUACUACUGAUGCUGUGCAAGUAAUGCAGGUGCCUUCCAUAGCUGUAGCAAAUUGGAAAGGGACAAAGUGAUUGAUCUGCUUCCCUUCACCGGUGUUUCAGAAAUGCAACACUGUGUGUUCUGUGGCAAUCUUUCUCUGUCCAUGUUUGGAUGCGUUGAAAGUUGGAUUUCACUGAUCAGAUGUAAUCUGGAAACUAUGUGCAUAUCCUGUUUGCUACAUAGCUGUUGUCGUGAAUACUGCUGGCAUAUGCUGUGUGUGUGCUUUAGAUGAGCUAGCCCAGGAGUUGCACAGGAGCCUGGGAAGCUGUCUUCUAUUGAGUCAGACUUUUGAUCCAUCUAGCUCAGUAUUGUCUACACAGACUGGCAGCGGUUUCUCCAAGAUUGCUGGCAGGAGUCUCUCUCAGCCCUAUCUGGAGAUGCUGCCAGGGAGGGAACUUGGAACCUGUAGCUGCUCUUCCCAGAGCAGCUACAUCCCCUAAGGGGAAUAUCUUACAGUUAAUGAUGGGAGUUGUAGUCCAGCAACAUCUGGGGACCCAAGUUUGAGAACUCCUGGGCUCGUUGAUUUCUUUUUAAGGCUAUGUAUUUCUGGUGAGGCCGUAUCAUUGGGGUGCCUCAAUGAAGAUGAAGCCUCAAUCCACAGAAAAUAGAGACUGCCUCCUGGUUUUCAAAGUGGGUUAUGCCUCUGUGUGUAAGGAAACGUCUACCAGAGAUCUUCUGUUCCUGUGCAGCUGCCUGCUCUGUGCGAAGGAGUGGGUGAGCUUAGUGUUGGAUAUGUUCUGACAGGGCUGUGGUAGUUGCUGAUAGACCAGUAUUGUGAGGUUUUCCUCUGACUAGACAAGGCCUCAGUCUUUGUCCAAGAGCAAUUCUAGAAGAGCCUGUUCAAGCCAAUGGAGAAAUGGUGAACCAUCGAAGCAUUAUCACAACUGUAAGGAUUUUAUAUCUAAAGAAGAUUGAGGGGAUAUUUUAGGGGUCAUAGCAUGAAAUUGAUUGCCAGGAAAUUUAGGAUCAGCAAAUGGAAGUAUUUUUUCACACAACGCAUAAUCAACUUAUGGAAUUCUCUGCCAAGGUAGACAAUGUAUGCCAACUACCACAAAACCAGCUCUUCUCCCUUUGAGGCUGGAGGUGGCCCAUAGCCCUCCAACUAACCAUGAAGUGUUCCAACGCAUAAUUAAUCUAUGGAAUUCUCUGCCACAAGAUGUGGUGACAGCCAACAGUCUGGAUGGCUUUAAGAGGGGCUUAGAUUAAUUCACGGAGGAGAGGCCUAUCAAUGGCUACUAGUCGGAGGGCUAUAGGCCACCUCCAGCCUCAAAGGCAGGAUGCCUCUGAGUACCAGUUGCAGAGGAGCAACAAUAGGAGAGAGGGCAUUCCUUCACCUCUUGCCUGUGGGCUUCUCAAGGGCAUCUGGUGGGCCACUGUGGGAAACAGGAUGCUGGACUAGAUGGGCCUUGAGCCUGAGCCAGCAGGGCAGUUCUUAUGUUAAAGUGUAACUGGUGUAGGAAGAUUCUACACCUGACAGAAUGUGGGACAGGGAGAAGAGCUGGUUUUGUGGUAGUUGGCAUACAUUGUCUACCUUGGUUAGGUGGAGACUGCAUGUGAGCACUAGAUAAACAUGAAGAGCAAUAGAUAAACAUACAGUGGUCCCUCGACUUACGUAAUUAAUCCAUUCCGAACGCAUGUUCGGAGGUUGAAAUUUUCGUAAGUCGAAGAGCGCACCACGGAAGUCUGGAAACAUUCGUAAGUCGAGGAAACUGCAUCUAAAAAUUCGUAGGUUGAGUAAGCUGAAUCUAAACCGGCAACUACUUCCGGUCUUUUUUGUCGCUCGUAACUCGAAAACAUCGGAUGUUGAGUAGUUCAUAGGUCGAGGGACCACUGUAAAUUAAAUAAAUGCCUGCUCUUGAUUAUUAAAACAAGACUGCUGACUGAACCUCUUUAAGUGGUCUCUAAUACCAAGCUCUCCUGCGCCUCAUUGGCUUUCCUUCUGUGAAUCUGUGGCGGAAAUGGAGAAGAGCAUGUCUCUUCCUCCUCAACAGAUCUUUCCACUCUGGCUUUAAUGUGUCUCCCACACGGAUGUUGAGGCUCAGGGUAAGCUCUGGAGUGCUAGGGAAGGCCUGUCUGUUACUAGAAGUGGCUGAGUGGUGGUGUGGUCCACUUGUUUGGGUGUGGGGCCUCCACUAAAUGCUUGAAAAACCAGGUGCUGCCGGUAUUCGGGAACCCUGUUUGUGACAAGCCUUUCAUUAAAACUUGCCCAUUAAGUUCUUACGUAAUUGCAAAGUGGCAUGUUGUUAACGUGCCAAAGCAGAGCUUGCCAAAGCAUUGAUUCAUUGUCGGCAUGCAGAGACUGGGAGUUUAGAAGGCAUGGAGACUGGCAACUGGGAGAGAGCGGAGGGGGAAACAUACACGCUUCUCUCUGGCACUCUGCUUGUGUGUCACUGCCCCUCCUUGUGGCAGCUUUCUGAUUCUCAGUCCAGAGUCACGCCUCUGGUUACUUGAAACUGGGUGUCACAGGAAUCUUGCUUUUGUUUCAUGUCAGGUGCUGGGCAAGAGAGUGUGUUCCUGAUAAAAGAAUCCCAGGUGUGAGGGAUCAGUCCAGAUUCUCAUGUGGGAAGUCAUUGAUAACCAAAAGGCAAAUCAUCAGUGGGGUGGUCCAUGGUCUUUUCAGCAGUCGGUUGCUUCCCAGUAGCUGCUAGUCAUCCAUAUUUGGACACAAUAAAAAGUAGUGCGUUAUCUUCAACAUUAGAUGUUACUUGGCUAUUCUUGCUCUUUUCUUGGUGGAGAUGGUAGGACUCUGCUGCUCAAAGGACCCAUGUCCUGUGUUUACUCCCAUCUUGAUAGCUGUCCAUGACUGUCAUGUAGCAAUCCCACUAGAAUGAUGUGUGGCAAGCUUUCUCAGACGUGGGUCCCCAGUUGUUGCUGGACUACAACUCCCAUCAUCCCCGGACUCAGGUUUUGAGAAACGCCGAUGUACGGUGCCUGAUGUUGGUUGAACAGAACUAGUCUUGCAGUGCGGUAUAAUCUGUGGCUGUAUUGGAGGCCUGCUCAACUUAGGGGCCCCCAGCUGUUCUUGGACUACAACUCCCAUAAUUCCCAGCCACAGUGGCCAGUAGCUAGGGAUGAUUGGCGUUCUAGGCCAGCAUCUGCAGGAAGGCCGAAGUUGAGCAGCCCUACUGUAUUGGGACCCUGUCUGAGGGGUGGGGGGCAGACAACCAUCCCGACUUCCUAUUGACUGGGAUAGAUACUGGGCAGGAAGGUAAGCCCAUCUGCCUCAUAACCUAGAAAAGAACUACACAAAGUAUGGGCCAAGGAAGAAUUCUUCCAUACAAUUGCCUGCGUCGUCCUAGAGUUGGUGGCCUUCACACUUUGGGUGUGCCCCCUUUACAAUUCCUGCAAGUAUUUGUCUGUGUUGAUUCAACUUUUCUAAUCCCCAUAAGCUAUGUGGCAACAGUGCUGUUCCUUGCUAGUCUUUCUGGCCAGCUGGGAGAAAUUGGGUCGCGGUGGGUGGUGCGGCUUAUGUGCAAGCACAUUAGCAAAUCCAUCACAACAGGAUACCUUCUUUUAGACAAGUGCUAAAACAUCCACUCAGCAAUUUUGGGGAUGGGGGACACUUCCCUAGGAACCAGCUCUUGGAGAGCAGUAUGGGCCAAACUGGCAGUGAGGGAGUUGGCUUCUUUUAGCUGAGAGCCAUUUUUGUCUGCUUGUUGCCUGAGUUUAGAUUGCCAGAAAGUGGGUGGGCAUCAGACUGGCAUGCUGUGAAAUUUGGGAUUUGAGCAGCUUUUAAAGAUAGUGACUUCAGCUGCUUCUGCUGUGCAUACCACACACUCCCUCCCUCUCUGGAUGGGAAACAUGCAGUUUUUUAAAAUGCCAACUGCCUUUGUUUGGUCAGACUCCUGCAGAGAACAUGGCUAUCCUCUGCCUUAGGGAUUUCUGAUGUAACUCAUCCUAAACUCUGCAUAUUUCCUUAUGUGAAUUCUGUCAAUGCUGCCAGUAACUAACUGUUGGUCUCUGGUCAGUAUUUAAAUCAAAUUAUUUUCAGAGCGAAAGUACUAGUAUUCUUCAUUAUGAAUUAAGUUCCUAGAUUUUUAAGGAUGCUUCCUACUAAAUUUUUUGUUUUGUUUCUGAUAUGUGGUGUAAGAAUUGGGCUUUUGUAAUGGCUUUAAUUGCUGUUCUCUUGGACAGCUAGAACCUUCAUCAAAACCUUGGCUUUCGAGUUAGAAUGCAACCCUUUUCUUUGCAGUCCAGAAGACGAUACCUUGCAAGAUCAGCACAGACAGGAAAAAUUGACCAAUUAUGUUUUUUAAAAAAUGUUAUAUAAAUGCAGCUUAAGUAUGAGCUGGAGGCGUGAUGGUCUGAGGCAGUGCUACCAUACUGGGGUGGGUACAUAGGAAGCUGCCAUAUAGUGAGUCAGACCAUUGGUCUAUCUAGCUCAGUAUUGUCUUCACAGAGUGGCAGCGGCUUCACCAAGGUUGCAGGCAGGAGUCUCUCUCAGCCCUAUCUUGGAGAUGCUGCCAGGGAGGGAACUUGGAACCUGGAUGCUCUUCCCAGAGUGGCUCCAUCCCUUAAGGGGAAUAUCUGACAGUGCUCACACUUCUAGUCUCCCAUUCAUAUGCAACCAGGGUGGACCCUGCUUAGCUAAGGGGACAAGUCAUGCUUGCUACCACAAGACCAGCUUUCCUGGAUGUUAGGGGUAAUCUGUCCUAACAUCCAAAGUAGUUCCCUAGUUAGUACAGAAAGGAAAGGAAAUGAUGUGUGGGAUGCUUGCAGGCAUGGGAAUUGGCACUGAGUUCCAUGAUGGGGGUCAGGGACUGUGAAGUCACUGUAGCCACUAGAAGCUUCUCCCAGACUCUGAUUCCCCCUUGCUUCCUUCAAAAUGCCCCUUUUCUGUGAAACCCUUUAUCUAGUUUAGUCUUCCACUUGCACUGUAAUCCUAACCAUGCGUUCCUGAAACAAAUGCCUGCUCUGCCCCGUUCACACUUGCCUGUCUCCCUCUCCUUCCAUUGUCUCUCUGUGUUGAUAUCUAGAUCCGGGCUACUCAACUGUAAUCCUCCAGCUGUUUUUGACCGGCAGCUCCCAUCAUCCCUGACUGUUGGCCACUCUGGCUGGGAAUGCUGGGAGCUCUAAUCUCCAAACAGCUGGAGUAGCCAAUCAAAUCUAGACUGCAAGCUCCUGGACUUGUCCAUGCACAUGGCCAGUGCUGUGCUAAGUUGCUUUUUCUUGAAGCAAAUCUGUUCUUGCUGCUUAAGUUUCUCUACAACCUGAUGACCGAGAAAUUUAUUUGAGAAUACGAGCGUGGCCAUAAUGGACACCUGGUUCAGUCUAUGUGUAUUUGUUUUUUUCGGCCCAAGGCCAGCGUAAAUACAAGAAAAAGAAACAAUAACAACAAUAAAAUAUAUAAAACAUUAAUACCUUCAAAUACCAUAUACAUGACUAAUUUCAUUCAAAUGAAACCGGUUAAUCUGAAAUGCACAGCCUGGCAUCUCGUGCCUCAAUCACUCUAAACCGAAUGGUUCAGUGUAGUGAAAGAACGUGUCUUCCAUGCAGCUGGAGUCGGAAAACAGGGAGAGUCUUUGGGCAGUGAUGGAAGUUGAGGAAGAAUUUGCGACUGAUAGUGCAGGAGCAUUACUAGAAAUUGUACUCUUUAUCAUCCUGAACCAUUUUGGAAGGGCGGUAUAAAAAUCAAAUAAAUAAAUAAAAUUUACUGGGUAAAGUACAUGAUAAAGGAGAGUGUUCCAGUUCCAUGGAUCCUUUUAGCAAAUAUUCCCCUCUUUCUCAUGGCUCAAAGAAGCAGCCUGGGAACAUCAUCUUGUGCUACACUGCCACUCUUUAGAGAAUGCAUCUUUUUGUGCUAAGACCCUGCUGGCUAUCAAGCAGUAUGGCUUAUUUGGCCGAUGUUCCUACCCAGUGGAAUUCAGCAGUAGUGUUUAAUAGUACUGGAGGAUUAGCAGAGAUUCAAAGGCCCUUUUGUAAUCCUUCACUUAAACACCUUGGAAUGAGCCCUAAAAACCUCUGCCAAUACUUGGGAUGGGAAAAGCAGUGGGUGAGACGCUUUGUGUGGCAGUGAGAAACUGGGGGAUACUUGGAAGGAUGGAAAUGCUUCUGAUUGGUGGUUCUGCUCAACUCUUAACCUCUUUUCCACACUCAUCAUUCUCACACUGGACAGGCUGCCUUGCUCUGUGGUGUGCCCCCCACCCAAGAAAGAGAAACCUGUUGCAAAAGUGUCCAUCUCUUGCUCUUUCACAGGCUGGAUGGAAGGAAAACCAUGCCACUUUCAUGAAUGAAUUGAAAAAUUUGCAAGCUUCGGGGCUGACGACCCUUGGACAGGCUCUUAGAUCAUCAUUUGAUUUACUAAACCUCAACAGAUUAGUGUCUGGGAUAGACAAUUAUGGACAGGGGAGGAACCCUUUCUUCUUAGAGCCAUCUAUUUUAAUUACCAUCACAGAUGGAAACAAACUGACAAAUACCGCUGGGGUUCAAGAAGAGCUACAUCUUCCUUUGAAUUCCCCCUUGCCUGGGAGCGAGCUAACCAAAGAACCAUUUCGUUGGGAUCAAAGGCUAUUUGCCCUUGUGUUGCGCUUGCCGGGAGCCUCUUCAGUGGAACCAGAACAACUAGGGAGUGUCCCCACAGACGAGUCUGCUAUCACACAGAUGUGUGAAGUCACAGGAGGACGCUCCUAUUGUGUUCGGACGCAAAGAAUGUUAAACCAGUGCUUGGAAUCAUUAGCUCAGAAAGUUCAGAGUGGUGUUGUCAUUAACUUCGAAAAAUCAGGACCAGAUCCACCCCAUAUUGGGGAAGAUGGACUAGUGGAUGCCACCAGGCCCAUAAAUUCUUUCGGUUCUCAGCCAUGGCACAGUUGUCAUAAACUUAUCUACGUGCGGCCAAACCCCAAAACGGGUGUUCCUGUUGGACACUGGCCAAUCCCAGAAUCAUUUUGGCCUGAUCAAAAUUCACCAACACUGCCUCCCCGCACAGCCCAUCCUGUGGUGAGGUUCUCCUGCGUGGACUGUGAGCCCAUGGUUAUCGACAAGCUUCCGUUUGACAAGUAUGAGCUUGAGCCGUCGCCCUUAACGCAGUACAUUUUGGAGCGGAAGUCGCCCCAUGCAUGUUGGCAGGUAUUCGUGAGCAGCAGUGGAAAAUACAGUGAGCUUUGCCAUCCCUUUGGAUACUUAAAAGCCAGCACCACCCUGACAUGCGUCAAUCUCUUUGUGAUGCCUUACAACUAUCCGGUCCUCCUUCCUCUCCUCGAUGACUUGUUUAAGGUUCACAAACUUAAGCCAAAUCUGAAGUGGCGGCAAGCUCUGGACAACUACUUAAAAACCAUGCCUCCUUACUACUUACUGCCAUUAAAGAAAGCCCUAAGGAUGAUGGGAGCUCCAAAUCUGAUAUCAGAUAAUUUAGAUUGUGGACUUAGUUACAGUGUUAUCUCUUACCUUAAAAAACUCAGCCAACAGACGAAGAUAGAGUCGGAGCGGAUAAUAGGCUCGGUGGGGAAGAAAGCGCCGCAAGAGACUGGCAUUAAGGUGAAGAACCACUCCAGUGGCCUCUCCCUGAUCCAGAGCAGGGAUUUCAAACAGCUGCUUCAAGGCAUUGUGGGAGAAUCUCCGCUCAGGCUGUCUGAAAUGAACGUGAAGGAAUUUGCUGGUUUUCACAUAGGACUCUUGAAUAAGGACUUGAAGCCACAGGCAUACCGGAAUGCUUAUGAUAUUCCUCGCCGCAAUCUCCUAGACCAGUUGACCAGGAUGAGGACUAACCUACUGAAAACACACAAACUUAUUCUGGGCCAGGAUGAAGACUGCCUCCACAGCAUCCCUGUGGCUCAGAUGGGGAACUACCAGGAGUACCUCAAGAUGAUGCCUUCCCCACUUCGAGAAAUCGACCCAGACCAGCCCAAAAGGCUCCAUACUUUUGGGAACCCUUUCAAGCAGGACAAGAAGGGCAUGAUGAUUGAUGAAGCAGAUGAAUUUGUAACUGGACCUCAGAACAAGGUCAAACGUCCAGGAGAGCCCAACACCCCUGCCUCCCUGAAAAGAAGGCGUAGCAUGUCACCGCUGCUGAGGCGGCCCCAGUCGCCGCCUGUGAUCGCCAAUCAUGUGGGGGGCAAGGGACCCCCCUCCGCUGCUGGGGCCUUGGCCAAUUCCAGCCUCAAAGCCAUGCCAGCCUAUAAAGAUGCCAACAGCAAUAUGGUUCAGGAUGGCAAUGGGGAGAAGAGAGCAGAGAACUUCCAGUCACUGGACAAGCAGGUGGAUGGGCUGCCGGUGCACCCGGUUCCCCCCUCGCCUGCUGCCCUUGCAGAUGAUAGUCUCCCGAACGACGUGGACUCUCUUCCCAAUGAACUGAACUGCCUGGGGGAGGAUGGGUUGGACCACAGGCCCAUUGCCAACUCCCUCAUCAGGGGACCCCUGAACUACAGCAUCUCUCCAGAGGACCAAAAACUCAUGGCAGAGUCGACGUCGGGAGCCAUGCCAAAUUCAGUUAAAAUAACACCCAGUAUGUUUGAAGGGAACAAUGAAGUGAUCAAAAUCAAAGUAAUGAAGGAGGUUCGCAAGCCUGGAAGAAAUUAUGAAAAAAUCUUCUCUCUCCUUGAAGAAGUACAAGGCCCGGUGGAAAUCCAAAAAUAUUUCAUUGAAUUUGCGAUCAAGGAAGCCGCAAGGUUUAAAAAACGGGUCUUAAUACAGCACUUAGAGAGAAUACUAGAGGAAAUAGAGUUCAACAGCCCGCCCGACAGAGUUAAUCAUGUCAACAGUAGAUAAUAGUGUGUCGGCAAGACGAAUGAUGAACGGACCAGGGAGAACGAGUUUGCUGCGUCGCAGAGGAGUGGAAGAGGAUGUCGCGGCGGCUGCCCCCGCCCCCUUGGCAGCCAGGCGGUCUUUCUGUUGGCGUCGGAGGAGAAGAAGGGGCGGCGUUUUUAAGUUUGCAGACCCCUCUUGCUGGAAACUGGGCUGUGAACCUGGUGGAUUUGCUGUGGGAGGUGCAACUUCCUCCCUCCCCUCUCCUUUUGGUGGGCCCGAUCCGCUCAUAGGGCUGAAGAGAAAUACCCAGUGCUGCCCUCUCCUGCAGACAUUAUGAAAGCGCGCCCGAGGCUCCCCAGGUCCAGACUUCAGUUCUCUUUCAUCUUGUGAGGAGGACAGAGACUCUUCACGUGGACUUGCCUUUGGAAGCGCUUAAAGGAAACUCUGGGGUGUUGUUUUUUUUAAAAGGGAAAAGAACACAACCCUCCCAAUAUAUAUACUAUAUGUGUGUGUGUGUGUGUGUGUGUUACUUUUUAAUUGUUGAUAUGAGAAGAGAUUAUUUUGGACAGUGUUGUUUACCAGAUCCUUAAUUUGAUAUAUCAAACGGGGUGUGUGUGUGUGUAUAUACAUAUAUAAAUAUAUAUAUAUAUAUAUGAGAGAUUUUUUUUGAGCACUUGUAUAUAAUAAAAAUCAUUUUAUGAUUUUCUAAGAA